AUGGCAUCUUUGAGCCUCCCGUCGUCUGCCUCUGCCGUGCGACUCCGCGCGAUCGACGCGAAGACGCAGAUGUGCGUUUCUGCGAAGGGUUUCAUUCAACCAAUCCUUCCUGGAUUCGAAAUCUUGAACUUGACGUCGAUUACGUUUCUCGUUGAGCAUCCGACCCUGCACAAGAAAGUCCUGUUUGAUUGCGGGAUGCGCAAAGACUUUGAGAACUUCUCUCCUCGCGUAAAAGAAAGGCUGAACUUGAAUGUGAAAGGCUUGGAGAUAGAGAAGGACGUGCAUGAAAUCGUGCAGGAAGCGGGAAUUGACCUAGAAGAGCUCGAUGCGACUAUCUGGAGUCAUUGGCACUUCGAUCACCAUGGGGCGCCAGAGAAGUAUGCUUCAAAGACAGAGAUUAUAGUCGGACCUGGCUUCAAGGAGAACUUCAUGCCUGGCUACCCGACAAUUCGCGAUGCCAUUUUCCUGGAUGCAAACUUUGAGGGCCGCUCAGUCCGCGAGAUCAGCUUCUCAGACGAGUUCCUCAUAGGCAAUUUUAGAGCACACGAUUACUUCGGCGAUGGCUCUUUCUACCUCCUAGACACUCCUGGUCAUGCCAUAGGACACAUGUGCGGUUUGGCGCGCACAACACCGAGCACAUUCGUCUUUCUCGGUGGCGAUAUCUGUCACUUUGGUGGAAGCUUCAGACCAACGUCCACCACCCCGCUUCCUGAUCCGGUUCCAAACUCACAUCUGGACCAGCAAUUGCCUCACCCAUGUCCAUGCUCCCUGUUCACGGAAUCACAUCCCGCCGGCCCGAAAUCCUCAGCAUCGCAAACGACUCCGUUCUUUGAAGUUACAUCCUUUGCGCAAUCAGCAUAUCUCGAUCGCGAGCAAGCAGCCAGGAGUAUUAAAGAACUCCAACGUUUCGAUGAGCAUCCUGAUAUUCUUGUAUGCAUCGCGCAUGAUCCAACGCUGAUCAAAGUACUGCCUUUUCUAAACGAUCGGCCGGACAAGGAUCUCAACGAUUGGCAACAAGAAGGGCUGAAGGAGAAAGCGCAAUGGGGCUGGUUGAAUGAGCUACCACGAGAUGGCAAGCCGGGACGCGAGAUGUGUGUAAAAGGUGUGUGGAAGGAGGGCAAAUUGAUAGAGGAUUUCACGAAGCUGAAGGCUACGUUGUAUUGAGACUCUGGAAUGCGAUGAUCUUUGAUAAAGACAGAAGUUGCGAAGCGAAAAGGGCGAUAUUGGGUCUGUGUCGCCUCCUCCUCACGAGAAGGGCUAAUGCCGCAUCUCCUGCAGAACAAAUUUUGUUCAAGAUCAAGGGAUUGGGACGAGAUGUCAGGCAAUGAGGGACAUGCCGUUAGGUAUGAGUCAAAUGGAGACGCGGAGCUUUAUAAGAUGGUGAUUUGGGUAUGAAGGAGGAGAUUAAACUACAAUACAAAGCUAUUCGCUGAUAA